AGGCUCCUUCUCCAUCAUCAUUCGCAGGGGUAGCAGACCUGCAGGCGGACACUGCCGCAACCACGCGCGUUGGCGCCCAUUCUAUUCUGAGCCCGUAUGUAUGUCUUGCCUCGCAACGCCGCAAUCAAUUGAAAUGCAUGCAUACGACUCAGCCGAUACUGUACAAUAUCCUGUCAUUGCCCUCAUCUGUUCCCUUUCAUCGGUCGUGCUCUGGGGUCAAUAAUCUUCACUCGGAUUGGCACGUUGGACACAGGGUCACUGAAGCAAAGGAGCGAACCCUGCAACCUGGACCUCCGUUGGGACUUCCCUAUCCUGGCCCCGCGAGGCAACAUCGAGAUUCAGACGUACGCUUUGAUAGCGUUGUCGAAGAGCUGAGUGCAAUUUCGAGGCAGACACAGUGUCAAUUGGACACCUUCACAGAUCGCGGCCAUGGCAGCACGAGACUACUACAACUCGCCAGACCACACGGCGAAUCCAUAUCACGAUGACCCAAGCCGGCAAGAGCGAGGCGCUGUUUCGCCAGUGGGUUCCCCUUUCGACGACCACCACACCCAUCCUUUUGCACGCCAACAUACCGAUACAUCAUAUUUGAGCGCCAGCGCUCGAUCACAUGGCGAUUCAGAUCCUUUCGACGACAACAAUGCGAUACCUUUGAGUGGGCGCAAGUCAGGCGCCGGGUCCACGCAGACAAUAACGCCAAUGCUGCCUCCAGAAGAUCCAUUUGUAAGAGACGUAGACCCGCGCCAGAAACGAGGUAGACCGAGAAGAGGAGGAUGGUUCACCGGAAAGAUCACAUGGGUGGUAUACGUUCUCACGGUCGUCCAAUUAAUUGUGUUCAUUGUGGAGAUUGUUCGAAAUGCGAUGUUGACGAAUUCCCCUAUCGCGACAAAGCCUUCCUUCAACCCCAUGAUCGGCCCAUCACCGUACGUUCUCAUCAACAUGGGUGCCAGAUAUCCGCCCUGCAUGCACUACGUCGCAAGCAUCCAAGAGAGCACGACAGUCAUUUCAUGGCCAUGCCCGAAUGCGACCGAAUUGACUGGGCCGAGCGUCUCUUGCUCACUCUCUGAUCUCUGCGGUUUUGGCGGCGUGCCUGACAUCGUCCCCGGGAGGACUGACAACCAAGCACCACACCAGUGGUUUCGCUUCAUCGUACCAAUCUUCUUACAUGCUGGAAUCGUUCACAUCGGGUUCAACAUGCUUUUGCAGAUGACUCUGGGCCGAGACGUAGAACUCCUGAUCGGCAGCGUUCGCUUCGCCAUCGUAUAUUUUGCAUCUGGCAUUUUCGGCUUUGUCCUAGGUGGGAAUUUCGCCGCUGCUGGAAUCGCAUCGACUGGAUGCUCCGGAAGUCUAUUCGGUAUCCUGGCCAUUUCGCUGAUCGACAUCCUGUAUACCUGGAAAGAUCGACCCAGUCCCUGGAAGGACAUCAUCUUCGUGUGCAUCGAUGUCAUCAUCGCCUUCGUGCUUGGAUUGCUCCCAGGCCUGGACAACUUCUCACAUAUUGGAGGUUUCCUGAUGGGCUUCGUCUUGGGAAUCUGUUUGCUGCGCUCUCCGAAAUCGAUCGCCAGGCGAACCAUUCCAGAAGUCACCUACACCAUCGCCUCUCAGGACAAACAACGGCAUGGCUUGACCGCUUUCGCCAAGGACCCGCGGGAAUUCUUCUUGCAUCGUCGCGGCGUAUGGUGGGCGUGGUGGAUCCUUCGUGCCGCAGCUCUUAUAGGAGUUACGAUCUCUUUCAUUCUGCUUCUGAAGAACUUUUACGUCUGGAUGAAUACUUGUUCAUGGUGCAAGUACCUCUCUUGCCUGGAUGUCAAGGUCGGCGGUACAUCGUGGUGCGACAUUGGCAACCUCCACUUCACACCGAACAACUCUACCUCGCCAGCUCGACGGGAUUUCUUUCUCUCUAAUGCCCCAUCAUCCGGGAGUUUUUGAAAAAAAGAUUGAUUGCUUUCUUCAGAAUCGAG